GUGUACAAAUGAGAUAUAUGUUUUGGUGUGAGUGUAGCAUGGUCCAUAUUACAAUCCUCGGGCCUAUUUAAAAGCAGCCUUAAAACACAAGGUCGGUGGGGUGUGCCUAUUUUAAGUUUAAACAAGCAUGAACCCCGUCCCUUCAAUCCCAAACCUCAAAGCUGCAAAUUCAAAUGCAAAUCACCCAGCGGCGCUGCCGCCGCCGGAGAAGGACGCCACGCGCGAAUCCGCUGAUCUCAUCGUUCCCAGGAGUCCGACAGACAGGAAAGCAAAGUCUUGUAGUGGAAGGAGGGUGUAUUUUGCAAUGUUGAAUACUAGACCUUAUGAAGAUAUGCCGGAAAAGGAGCUUGCAGCAAUUCUAGACUUGUAUGCAUUCUCUGGCAAUGGCGUAAUGGAUUUGAGUGCGCUACCAGCAGCACAGGAGAAGGGGAAUACAUUGAAAGUCUUUAAAUUCAACAAAGCAAUGGCUGCAAAACCAGUGGCGUCUUACCAUCACUGCCAGGAGCGCGCUUUCAUGGUUUGUUCUGGCUCCGAAUUCUAUUGUUUUGGUGGCUAUGUGGAGAUACCUGACCAUGUAAAGAAAGGCCUCCCUAGCUGCAUUCCUGAUUUUGGUGUAUGCUGGAAGCCUUCUCUGAGUGGUGAUGAAUGUGGGGACAGUCAGUUUAGUUCCAUACCCAGCAACAUGUGUGCUGAACGUGCUAGAUGCGGUGCUGUAGUGACCCUUAAAGGGACAGUAUUUGUAGUAGGUGGACAAGUGAACCCAAACUAUUUUGCGUCCCACCCGUUUGUUGAGUACUACAGCGUGGAUGAGAACAGGUGGAUUGGUGUGAGUAGCAACCCAGUUGAGAUUGAUGGAGGAAAAUGGGUAAAAGAACCUUAUUUGACGAAAUACGUUGUCUGUGGAGCCAUUGAGGAGAAAGAUACCAUCAUCAUUGGUCUGAUGAAGUUGGGUAGAUUUAUAGCAUUGCGUGUUACAUUUGAUGAUGAUGAUGAUUCUUGUAGGGUUAUUUGUUGCGAUGAUGGGAGGAGGAAGAGAAGAAAGACAAGUAAGAAAGCCGUGCGGGGCUUAGAAUGGGUUGGAUUAGAAGAGGCUACUGGUUUUGUUAUGACUAGUAAAGUUAUGAAAACUAUCCUUCAAAAAUGUUACUGCUUUAGCCCAAGAGCUACUGGAGUAGUUUGUGAGGGAAGGAUGUUUUGGGUGGAUAGUUAUAUUGGCACCAAACUGGUGAUGUGGGAUAUGGUAAAGGGCAAGUGUUGUGUGAUUGACAUGGCUGAGGCUGGGUUGCUUCCUUCAUCAGAUAACGAUAGGUAUGACCCUAGGCUGUGUUCUUUGGAGGGUGGGAACAAGUUGGGACUUUUUUGGAUGGACAAUCUCGUGUAUAUGAUGGCAGAAGAUGUUGUUGGCGAUACGUUGGAACAAGUCAAACAUGUGCGUAAGCUUAAUCGAUCAGAACGUCAUUACGGGACCCGCUUGACUUGUUUUACGGUUGGGGGAUAUGAAGGAGUUGAUGAUGAAGAUGAUGAUGGAGUGUUGAAGAAGCAUCCUGAGAUACAGAUUCAUUAUCAAAGAGAGUGCAUCUGUCCUGUGGGUUCUUAUCUCGGCAUUGCCUUUGAAGUGGAAGCAUGAUACACGAAUAUGAAUAUAAAUAUCCUCUUGUUUUUUUUUUAAGAUUUUAUGUAUAUCAAACUGCAAUCCCUCGUAGGAUGCCAACAUGUGGUGUUGGUUAUGUGGCUUAUUUUGACUUCUAAUAUGUGGCUCUUUUUGACUUCUAAUAUUUUUCGUUGUUGAGAGUUAGCUUGCGAGUAUGUGUUAAAUGCCAUAUUAUAUAAAAUAGUAUUAUAAAUUGUUUGAAAUUUAUUUUUGGGUUUAGUCAAAUUAUUCUGUUAUUAAAUUUUUCCCUAUUUU